AUGAAUAAUGAAAAUGAGAUAACCAAAUAUGGUUAUGACACUGAGUAUUAUGAAGACUCACUAAGUGUUAGCCACAAUGAGGACGACAACAAUGUCAGUAACAUAGCUGUACUUGUUGCUCCUACUCUACUUUACAUAGUUGUCUGGUUUUUGGGUGUCAUUGGAAAUGGCCUUGUCAUUGGUAUAAUUGUAUUCAAGAUGAAGAAAUCUGUGAACACCAUCUGGCUUUUCAACCUGGCCAUGGCUGACUUUAUGUUCACAUUUUUCCUACCCCUAACUGUGGUUUAUACAGCCAUGGAUCACCACUGGAUAUUUGGAAAGGUUAUGUGUAAACUGAACUCUUUCAUUCUGGUAUUGAACAUGUUCACCAGCGUCUUUCUGCUGACCAUCAUUAGUCUGGAUCGUUGCAUAUCUGUUAUCCUUCCUGUUUGGUCACAAAACCAUCGUUCCACCAGGCUUGCCAGCAUUCUCUCGGCAGUUGCAUGGGUUAUUGGAUUCAUCCUAAGCUUGCCUUCUUUUAUUUACCGUGAUACUGUAUUUGACGGUAACAAUGUAAUCUGUUUCAACAAUUACUCAAUGUUUGGUAAAAGUGAUAAUAAAACCCAUACUACGAUGAUGGUAAUAAGAUUUGUUUUUGGAUACAUAAUCCCACUCACCAUGAUAACAUUCAGCUAUGCUACAAUUGUCUUCAAACUCAAGAAAAACAAGAUUGUAAAAUCCAGAAAACCCUUUAAGAUCAUAUUUACAAUCAUUGUGGCAUUCUUCAUUUGCUGGACACCAUUCCACAUACUGCAUGUUGUGGAGCGAUACCACUACAAAUUUCCACAGAAUUUAUUGAAGAUCAGCUUGCCUAUUUCCACUGCCCUUGCUAUUGCCAACAGUUGUGUAAAUCCUAUUGUGUAUGUUAUUAUGGGCCAGGACUUCAAGAAGUUUAAGAUGAGUAUUCUAUCAAGACUUGACAAUGCAAUAAGUGAGGAUACAGUGCACACACGUCUCAGUCACAGGAGCUUUACACUCCGAUCUUCAGUGACAGAAAAGGACUCAACCGCAAUAUAACAUUUUCAGAACAAGGUACAAUAAAAAAAAUAAUGCUGGAUAAGGAAAUUUGAGAUUACAUUUGGUUAAUACCCUUUAACAAUAGCCACAGAUAAUCUGGGAAUAAGUAUUAGAGACUCUCCAGUGGCAUCUCUCUUGUACAGCUUACAAAUUGAAUGUGUUUUUAGUUUA